UAUACACUGGAAAAAGUAUAACCAUGCUCAAAUUAAAAAAAAUGAUGUCCAGAUAUCACAUCCGAUAUAUUUGACUUCACGGAAUUUAAAUUGAGUCACUUGUUAUGACCUGAUUAUUUUAUGUUGAUGUAAACAGCAAUACUGUACUUGACCCAACCUUAAAUCUUUGCCUUGAUCCAAAUGAUUUUCUCACCAUUUCAGUUAUUGAACCAAACUAUAUUUUCUUUCAAGGAUGGAGAGGAUCGGAGGCGGGAGAGAAGAGGAUCGAGAGAGCAGGACAGGGCCAUGAGGGCAGGAUGCUAUGUUUUCUAAAAACCAACAUGGACACCAUCCAUGCUCUGAUAGAAGAGAACAUCCACCUUCACGACCAGCUGGAGAACCUCACUCAAGCCCUCAGAGAGCUCAAGAGAAUGCUGUGGCACCACUCGAAUGAUGAGAAUCACCAUAACGACCACCAUAGCGACCACCAUAGCGACCACCAUAGCGACCCCCAUAGCGACAACCAUAAUGAGGAUGCUCGAAGUAUGUGGAAUGAAUGGUCAGCACAUGGCAUCAGUGAAGAAACCCAUCUUCUGUUGGAGCAUGCUCUGUGUGGACAUGACCCCCACAACUCUGGAAGCUUCCAUGUCCCUACCCCCUCCCUGCUCCUCCUGGCCCUACUGAACAUUACCCUGCUGAUGUCUGUCUCUAUUUAGGCUACACUAGCCUGCCUCACAAAUGUAUAAAUGUACAUUCAUAUAGUAGAUCUAUAUUGACUGCCUGUAACAUUGAUCUUGCAGAAAUUAUGUUGAUACUCAGCCAUAAAAGCUGAGCGUGACUGCUGUGAGUAUAUCGAGAUAUGGGUUGGUAUGUUUUAAAAUCCUUUCAUUCAUAGGACCCAUCCAGUACUUUUUUUUAUUUUCGUUAAGUGGUUAUUGAUUGGUCUGGAUUGGCUUGACUUGUUCAUGUGCUGUGAAAAGAUUCUAUGGAAAAUCCAGUGUGGUGGAAUGGUGAGUCGAUUGUAGCGUCGCAGAGCUGAGGCAGGGCACAACCAGAAACCUGGGGGAUAUAAUGGGGCGUAUUUAAUGCAUUAAAUAUGGGCUCAGAAUGUUGAUAUUA